AACAUAAAAUAACCCUAGAUUUCAUUUCCUUCACUCUCAGGAACUCUUCCUCAAUUCUGCAUUUCAAUCUCUCUCAAGGUCUGAAGUAUCAAGUUGGUACGCGAGGCAGCACAAAGAUUAUCUAGAUAUGUCAGUAAAGUUAACACCUUCUAAGAGACCAUAUGAUCGAAGCAUUACAGAAACUAAUGACAGAGGGAAGUUGCAAAAAUCAGCUGGUUUAGGUUCAGAGAAAUCACCAUUGGAGACAUCUACUCCAAGCAAGUUUCUUCGUGUCCUCUGUCCUAUUUCAAGAAUUGGCUUUAUCAUUGGAGAAGAUGGCAACAUCCUUCCUGAAAUAGGUCAGGCAACUGGUGCAGAGUUUCGGGUUGAGGAAGCUAUCCCUGGAUGUGAUGAGAGAGUGGUUGUUGUUUUAGGUUCGGGGAAUAAAGAUGGAGCAGGAUCUGAGCAGCAUAAGGCCAAGGUUGAGGAAACUGAUGCAAAAGAUACGGGCAAUGAGUUGGCUGAAAAUGAUGGCAAUGGCGAAAGUAAACAGUCUGCCGAGGCUGAAGAUUCCAAAUUGAGAAGAGAAAUUUCAGCUGUUCAGGAAGCUCUGCUGUGCUUAUGUGAAAGAAUGGCUAAAGAAGAUUUGGAGAAGGACAGGGGAGAUGACGAGGGUAAUAAUUCUUCCUUUUUAACUUUAAGGUUGCUCAUAUUCAGCAGCCAAGUGAACUGCUUGAUGGGGAAAGGUGGUAGUGUCUUAAAGCAAAUGUCGUCUGAGAGCGGGGCUGAGAUACACAUUCUUGCAAGGGAGAAACUUCCUCUUUGUGCUUCUUCAUCUGAUGAUCUUGUUCAGAUUUCUGGGCAACAUGGUGCUGUUAAGAAAGCUAUUGAGUCUGUUUCUCAACAACUUCUCGGAAGCUCCCCUCUGGAUCAAGAUCCUUUGUCGGCCAAUGCAAGUGGGCCCUCUUCUCAUCCGUCUGGCCACCGCUUUUCUAGCCAGGAUUCACACCCUCGACCAAAUAAUCCUUUCAAUGGACCAAGACCACCUUAUUCUACUGGAUAUCAUGAUGGUGAAACUGGAUUUCGUGGCCAAAUGAAUCCUCCUCAGGAUGCCUUAACUUUCCGAUUACUUUGUCCUGAUGAAAAAGUGGGAGGUGUAAUUGGAAAAGGAGGGAGUAUAAUAAAGACAAUUCAACACGAGACUGGCUGUGAGAUCCAAGUUCUAGAAGGUGUAGCUGAUUCUGAAGAUCGGAUUAUUGCCAUAUCUGGUUCGGUGCAUCCACAUGAUAGGCUAUCUCCUCCACAAGAUGCUGUCCUUCGUGUACAGUCCAGAAUUUUUAGGGCUCUACCUGAAAGCAAGGACAACACAAUGCUAGCAAAACUUCUUGUCUCCUCUAAUCAAAUUGGAUGCCUUCUGGGCAAAGGUGGUUCUAUUAUUGCUGAAAUGAGGAAAUCAACUGGUGCUUAUAUUCGUAUUCUUGGGAAGGAUCAAACACCAAAUUGUGCUUCAGAGAAUGAAGAAGUAGUUCAGGUAAGUGGUGAAUUCGAUACAGUUCAAGAGGCUCUUUUUCAGAUAACCUCAAGAUUGCAGGAGCAUUUCUUUCGUGAUGCAUUUCCUUCUAUGAAUCGACCAACAAAUCCUCGCUUUCUGGACCAUAUUCCUCCUUUUCCUUCAUACAGGGGACGGCGGGAACUUUCUCCUGCUGGAAUGUAUCCUAGUAUGGGUCCACCAUUUCACCAGUUUGAUGCCAUUGGAGGGCUGCCUCCACGUGGUGGUUUCCAUCCACAUGAUGAUCGUCCUCCAUAUAUGCCUAAUUUUCACAGGUCAGGCGUCCGACCUCCUGUUUCCGAACGGAUGCCAUCUUCUGGACCUUGGGUUCCCCAGGGACUGAUUGAUGGUGGUGGUCCAAUGGGCAUGCCUGACUAUGCAGCAGGUCCCCAGAGAAGAAUUGGUGGAUUUGGAGGGGCAAGUCCAGCUAUUAUAACUAGCACCAAGGUGGAAGUAGUUGUUCCUCGUUCUGUUGUUCCUGAAAUCUAUGGGGAUGGUGGGGGAUGUCUCAGACAAAUAUGUGAGAUUUCUGAUGCAAAAGUUAUCAUUAAUGAUCCCAAGCCUGGAGCAACAGAGGCUAUGAUAAUUAUAUCUGGAACACCUGAGCAAACAAAUGCUGCACAGUCUCUUAUUCAGGCAUUUGUGAUGCUUGAGACAGAAGCAGCAUGAUUAUUGAUACUAAGAGCUGAAGGAUCUAUGGGGACUGGCAAAUGUAAAACCCAUAAUUUCUGGUUUAAAUCAAAUCAUUCUCCACCUACUGCUGGGAACUAACACAAACUGUCAUGAAUCUCCCGGCACCUCAUGGACUGGAUGACAUUUCAGUAUUGCUUGAAGGGCUUGUUUGAGCAGUGAAACAUGGAUUUUGUUGUCACAGAACCUUAAAACAGAAAACUAGGAUGCUUUUGAUAGUUGUUCAAAUUUAAUGAAUUUUUGGGUAGGAGAUGGAAGGGUCUGGAAUUCGUUACUAGGUUGGUCCCAUAACUCUUCCUGGAUUAGCUAGCAUGUAAUAUAGAACUCCAAAUUUACAAUGAGCCCGUGAUUUGUGGCCGUUUUGUUAAAGUUUCCAUCUCAUUGACUUUUAUUUCCUUCUUGAAGACUAAAUGCAAAUUUCCUUAUGGUUUUAUA